GAUGGCCCCUGUACCUCAUCGGACACGUCCCUGUCUUCAAUGAGCGGCAACAAGAAGGACAAACUGUGCUUGGUGUGUGGCGACAAGGCUCUCGGCUACAACUUCAAUGCUGUUUCCUGCGAAUCCUGCAAGGCCUUCUUCCGCAGAAAUGCACACAAGGGUGUGUGUAGUAUACUACUAAAUACUAGGGCUACAUAUGAUGAGCAAAAGAAACAGCGCAAACAGAAGAUCAUAAUCAACAAACUCCGCAGGCAGGGUCAGCUCCCGCCACAAGACACGUACUCUGCCUCAACUAAAGAUCUUCUCACGCCCAUCCGAGGCUUAGUUGCAAAAAACCCUGACCAGUUCCUGGCAUCUCACACAGAAUUCGGCACCUGCAACAUUGCCAUCAAAAAGGAAGACGCUGAUUCAUUGAGCAGCCCAGGUUCCGUUACGUCACCGACUGGCUCCUGUGGAUCUCAUGGACCUAAAUUUCCCAGUAAGUCAAGAAGCCAUUCCGCCUCAUCCUCCGAAGCUGAGCAGGUUCAGUCAGUGAUCAGUAUGAUGUCGCCAGAUGAUCAGUGUUUAAUUAACGAACUCGUGGCAGCCAUGGAGGCUGGAUCUUUUUUGAUAAUGUCUUCCAGCUCGUUAAAGAUGAUGCCUUCCAAUACUGAAGACUUUAUCAAUAUGGCUGAGCUGUUUGUCCGCAAGGUCAUCAAGGUUGCCAAGAACAUUGCCUAUUUCAAACAUCUGCACAAGGAUGACCAGAUGUCAUUGCUGAAGGGGUCAGUUGUGGAUAUUAUGAUGUUGCGGUCAGCUGUAAACUACGACCCUUUUACUGAGUCUUGGAGCCUGAACACGAAAGGCUGUAUCAACCAUGGGUCUAGUCAGGCCACGGGGGAGAGGAUCAGUGCUGAGAUCCUCAAGAUGGGCUCUAGCGAGUCGAAGCAGUUGUUUUUAACCUACAGCAAAUUUAUCAAGUCCUUGAUGUCGACCAUUCACGGAGACCUCUUGGCUCUCAAGCUUCUCAUACUGAUGUCUCUGUUCUCUG